GACGCAAUUCUUUAUUCAGGAUCUUGAUGGCCGUCUGAAGGACACUUGGCUUCCCUCAGUCAGUAUAUAAAGGGAACCCUGAGUCCGUCUCAGCACAGUCAGCUCUCAAGCACUGCACGAUGAUGUCCAAGACGAUCAUUGCCACCUUAGCCGUGGUCCUUUUCGGGAUCGUAGCAGCUGAUCCUGUUGCUGAACCCGAAGCCAAAGCUGAGCCUGGAUUCCGCAGAGGAUUUGGAGGAUUUGGAGGAUUUGGUGGAUUUGGUGGAUUUGGUGGCCAUGGAAUCGGAUAUGGAUACCGUGGAAAGAGGAGCCCAGUAGCUGAACCCGAACCAGAAGCUGAUCCUGGAUUCCGUGGGGGAUUCCAUGGAGGUUUUGGAGGAAUUGGUGGAUUUGGUGGCCGUGGAUUCGGAUAUGGAUACCGUGGAAAGAGGAGCCCAGUAGCUGAACCCGAACCCGAAGCUGAGCCUGGAUUCCGUGGAGGUUUCGGAGGUUUCGGAGGAUUCGGAAGAGGAUUCGGUCACUUCGGUGGAGGCAGAUAUUAUGGUUAGGACAACAAUGUGGAAUUCAUCCUAAUUUUCGUAUGAACCUAAAUAAAGAAGCAUUUUGGAA